AUGUCAUCCCCUGAUGUUAAAGUGGCCAAGGGCGGAGCUGACAACGUUCCGUACUUCACCCUGACUCAGUAUCCUCCAUCAGGAACAGCAGUGAAGCCUCAAUCGAAGGACAAGAUUAUCCCAAAGCUUUUCCAACCAUUGACAAUUAGAGGCGUGACCUUUCAAAAUAGAAUAUGGGUUGCACCACUAAGUCAAUACUCGGCUGAAGAUGGGAAAGCGACGCCGUGGCACCUAUCUCAAUACGGUGGUUGGGUAACCCGUGGUCCUGGCCUUACCAUAAUAGAAGCGACAGCUGUUUCAGAAAACGGCCGUCUCGAUCCCCAUAGCUUGGGUCUAUGGAACGAAGAGCAGCUUGAAUCUAUGAAAGCGAUUGUGAAUUUUACACAUUCUCAACUCUUUCAUUCAGGCCGUAAAGGUUCCACGGUUGCACCAUGGCUGGGAUCUCAUAAUGCAACCAAAGAGGCAGGUGGUUGGCCUGAUGAUAUUAUCGGUCCAAGUGCAGUGCCCUACGAUCAGGGCUCAUUCGUGCCAAGAGAAAUGACACUUUCUGAAAUUGCUAACUUCAGAAAGUCCUGGAUAAGCGCUGUCGAGCGUUCUUUGCGAGCUGGGUUCGAUGUCAUUGAGAUUCAUGCGGCUCAUGGUUUUCUAUUUCACCAGUUUCUAAGCCCCGUCAGCAACAAGAGGACUGACCAGUACGGUGGCAGCUUUGAGAACCGCAUUCGCCUGCUGCUCGAGGUCAUCCAAGAUACUCGCCUUACGAUUCCAAAGACAAUGCCUUUGUUCCUAAGAGUCAGUGCAACAGACUGGCUAGAAGAGACUGACAUUGACGGCUGGACCCUCGAAGAAACUUCGCAGUUAUCAAUAAAAGCUGCAGAGUUUGGGGUUGAUUUUAUUGAUGUUUCUUCCGGUGGUUCCGAUCCCCGGCAAAUUAUUGAAGGCGGCCCCGCGUAUCAAGCUGGCUUUUCCAAACACAUUAAGAAUGUCGUCAAGGACAAGGCCUUUGUGGGUGCUGUUGGCACCAUCACAAAUGGCGUGCAAGCCAAUGAUCUCCUCGAGGAAGGCCUUGAUGCUAUCUUUAAUGGGAGGUUAUUCCAAAAGAAUCCUGGUCUAGUCUGGUCGUGGGCUGACGAUCUGGGGAUUUUUGUACAUGCUGCAAACCAAAUCCAAUGGGGAUUUAAAGAAAUUCCUCCUAGUCCACGCGCAAUCCAAUAA